AUGUUGCUCUCUUCCUACCUAGCGGUUACCCUUGGGUUGUUAGUUGCUGAAUCGAGUGCCAAAAGCAUAUCCUCUAUUCGCACACCACAUUCUCCGCUAUACACAACAUCAGUUCACGGCUCCUCAACCAUAAUUGCCUCCGAAGAAUUGGUCCCCUCGUCCUCUCUUAUCACCCUAUAUAGUGAUACUACCGUUGCCAGCACGACCACUGGAACCCUACGGGAAACCAUUCCUGGCUCUACAUAUACAGUCAUCGCAUGGUAUAAUAUCAGCAGUACUGUUGUUGCCAGUACUAGAACAGCCACUCUCCCACCUCUGAGGGAGACUUCUUUCUUUACAUCGACGGUCACCUCGGUCAUACCAAUUUCCACCACUGUCACUACGGAUGUGCCGAGUGUCACGUACGUGCCAUCGACAACUAUCACACCUCCUCCAAAUCCAUGCCCAACAACAUGUACCAUUACCUCUCCAUCCGUGUAUAUGGUCAUCGACACAAUUUAUGGCUACAAUACCGCCGGUCGCGUUGGGCCCUCGGGCACUAGUGUGGUCUUUCCUCUCGACUUAGACCAGGUUUCGACCAUCGUUCCAACCGUGUCGGCCACUCGUCAGCUCACACUCAACGACCUGGGUACGGACUGCCCUCAGUCUGAAGACGCGUCAGUAAUUGCGACCGCUGCCCCCGACGGACGGUGUGACCCGGUGCUUGCAGCCCCAGAGCCAGUCAAGUCUUGGGCUUCUCCAUGCAAUGCUUGCGGAAAUUUUGGUCUCUUCGAUCCACCAUAUGCCGUGCCAACAGUUACUGGAGGUCUAGUACCAACAGCAACGACAAGCACAACGCAAUCAGAGGCGCAGAGUACUUCCACUCUGAUAACGACCACUGAAGAUUCUACCUCGUUCGAUGAAGAAACUACAGUUGUAGCCGAGUCUACCACAGUUACAUCGUCAGAUGUAACGCCGACUGAGAGUUAUAUUUCGUCUUCCACGCCCAUCUCGUCAGUUAUAUCAGCGACUCAAAGCGAUAUCUCGUCUCCUAGUACUAGUACUGCUCUGGUCUCCGGCUCCACACCUAGUCCUUCUUGGAGUCCCUCUUCGAGUACUACUCCCAUAAUGACCGCGCCAGCGACCAAAGAAACAGGCAGCCUUUUCUUGGUUGCCUUCGGUUUGUUGGUAUCGGUUUGCCUGGUUUAA